GUGGAUCUGAAUAUACCCUUUGGGAUCCAGGACCUUGCAUUAGGAUGGAGUACAGCGAUGUCCAGCUUUCGCCUCUUGUACAUGAACAGUUUGUCCUCUGGAGCAAACAGCACUGUAGACACCAGAAGAAGACUUUUGGCACAACAGGGAUUUACCAGGGAGCCAAUGGCCUGACAAAUUCUGCUGGAUUCAGUGCUGUGCAUCAGGAAUAUUCAUCAUACCCAAGCUUUCCUCAAAGCCAGUACUCACAGUAUUACAGCUCCUCCUACAACUCUCCCUACAUGUCCACAAACAGCAUCAGCCCUUCAGCCAUCCCAACCUCCACUUAUUCUCUGCAGGAGUCUUCUCACAACAUCACCAGUCAGAGCACAGAAUCACUGUCUGGGGAAUAUGGAACAACACCAGCAAAAGAUAUAGAAACAGACAGACAUCACAGAGGGUCGGAUGGCAAGGUACGAGCCCGAUCAAAAAGAAGCAACGAUCCUUCCCCCACUGCUGACAGUGAGAUUGAGCGUGUAUUUGUGUGGGAUUUGGAUGAGACGAUAAUUAUUUUUCACUCCUUGCUCACGGGAACCUUUGCAUCCAGAUAUGGGAAGGACACGACAACGUCUGUGCGGAUAGGUCUUAUGAUGGAAGAAAUGAUCUUCAACCUUGCAGAUACACAUCUGUUCUUUAAUGACCUGGAGGACUGUGACCAGAUCCAUAUAGAUGAUGUAUCAUCAGAUGAUAAUGGACAAGAUCUAAGCACGUAUAACUUCUCUGCAGAUGGCUUUCACAAUUCAGCUGCCAGUGCAAAUCUAUGUCUGGGCUCAGGCGUUCAUGGGGGAGUUGACUGGAUGAGGAAAUUAGCAUUCCGCUACCGUCGGGUGAAAGAGAUGUACAACACCUACAAAAACAAUGUUGGGGGUUUAAUAGGAGCUCCUAAGAGGGAAACCUGGCUGCAGUUAAGAGCAGAACUUGAAGCGCUGACUGAUCUCUGGCUCACACAUGCUCUGAAGGCGCUGAAUUUGAUACAUUCCCGGCCUAACUGUGUGAAUGUGUUGGUAACCACAACUCAGCUGAUACCAGCUCUAGCAAAAGUGCUUCUCUAUGGACUAGGCACUGUCUUCCCAAUUGAAAACAUUUACAGUGCAACAAAAACAGGUAAGAACAAAGUAACUUAGGCUUCACCAAAAGACAGAUUGAACUUUUGUCCCUAAUUCAGUCACAUCCACUCACCCCAACUGCAACAAAUAAUGUAUGAACUUUAGCUUAAGAUUCAUGUUUACAUCACAUCUGUGAUUUGCAUGCUAACAACCCACACUUAAGCUAGUACAGACCACAAAA